AUGGCAGGUGUGAGUGUGGAGAAAGAGAGACUGUACAACAUGUACUUCUCCAGUGUGGGCGCUAUUCCAGGCAACGGAGGACUCUUCGUAGCGAGGAACUGCUGUGACAUCAGAGACUGCAGCACGCAGCGCGGCGCCACCUCAGAGAGUCUGCGUGUGGACGCCCCUGGCUCCUCCCACAUAUCAAGUCACAGCGGGGAGUUGCGCAUCCUGAGCGUUUACGGACAAGGGGAGGGCUCACUGGCGGUGGACGGCCAUGACACCCUUUUUGCCGCGUCAGAACUGGAGGCCUUGAGCUCGCUGUCCGCUGACCACAGCGUGGCCAAGAGCCUGAACUGCAGCGUGAGGCUGGUCCGCCACGAGGAGCUGACUGGGCAUCAGGGCUGCCGCAAGGGCCGGCCCGGUAUCUUGUGUGGAAAGGUUAUUCCCAACAAUGCCAAUAUGAUCGUCCACAUGAGGACUCACUCCGGCGAGAAGCCCUACAGGUGUGACCAAUGCAUGAAGUGCUUCAGUCUGAAAGGCAACCUGAAUAGACACAUGAUGAAUCACUCCGGGGAGAAGCCCUACAGGUGUGACCAAUGCACAAAGCGCUUCAGUUAUAGCUCCCACCUGAAGAUCCACAUGAGAACUCACUCCGGCGAGAAGCCCUACAAGUGUGACCAAUGCACAAAGCGCUUCCGUCGGACAAACGACCUGAAUAUCCACAUGAGGACUCACUCCGGGGAGAAGCCCUACAGGUGUGACCAAUGCAAGAUGCGCUUCAGACAGAAACACCACCUGAAAUCCCACAUGAUGAUUCACUCCGGCGAGAAGCCCUACAAGUGUGACCAAUGCAUGAUGCGCUUCAGUCAGAAUUACAUCCUGAAGAACCACAUGAGGACUCACUCCGGGGAGAAGCCCUACAAGUGUGACCAAUGCACGAAGUGCUUCAGUGAGAAAGGCACCCUGAAUAAACACAUGAGGAGUCACUCCGGGGAGAAGCCCUACAGGUGUUACCAAUGCACGUUGCGCUUCAGUCGUGUUUGCAACUUGAAGAUCCAUAUGAGGACUCACUCCGGCGAGAAGCCAUACAAGUGUGACCAAUGCAUGAAGGGCUUCAGUCAUGGCGGUGACCUGAAGAUCCACAUGAGGACUCACACCGGGGAGAAGCCCUGCGUGUGUCUGCAGUGCAACGCCAGCUACAGCGACCCAAGCAAUUUGCGUGUGCACAUGCUCAAGCACACUUUGGCACGGGGUAGCGGGACGCUUUGAUUGAGACCUCUGUCCGGUAUUGGUUGAAAUUACUGCUUUUAGUUUUUCUUUUCAUUACGAUUAAAUGCUUUCCAAUUUUGA